GGCGGGAGAGCGGCGGCCCGAGAGCGUGACUCGCCGGCUGCCGCCCGCCCGCCUGCCCCGCCGCCGCCGCCGCGCGCAGCCAUGUCCGAGGAGAAGCCCAAGGAGGGAGUGAAGACAGAGAACGACCACAUCAACCUGAAGGUGGCCGGGCAGGACGGCUCCGUGGUCCAGUUCAAGAUCAAGAGGCACACCCCGCUGAGCAAGCUGAUGAAGGCCUACUGCGAGCGCCAGGGCUUGUCCAUGAGGCAGAUCAGGUUCCGGUUCGACGGGCAACCGAUCAACGAGGCGGACACCCCGGCGCAGCUGGAGAUGGAGGACGAGGACACCAUCGACGUGUUCCAGCAGCAGACGGGAGGCUCCCGGGACACCCGCGUCCUCUCGGGGUGUGACCAAUAGAGGGACUGGCCGGUGUCCCCCCCCUGCAUUUGCUCUUCAGUAGUGAACACGUGACCAUGCCAAUCACCGUGGGGUCUGCGGCCCCGAGGACGUUCACCAGAACUGCUUUCUUCUCUUAGACGGGGGUGUGCCACCCAGGCCUCUGCAGGCUGCCCGCUCGCAGCCGGGAGCCCCGCCCACCGCAGUUGUCUUUGUUUAGGGCCAAGGAGUUGCCAAGUUUUUGGGGUUUGCUUUUGUUUUCACUUUUGUUUUCUCCUUCCUGUGGCCCGUCCCCUUCCCCCAUGGCCACCACGGCCGUCGCAGCGCGUGGCCCAGCCUGCUCGCUCUAAUCAUGUGGGGAGCCCGGGUCCCCUGGUCGGCUGCUUUCAUGGGAUGCGUUUGGGGGCUCGGAAGGGACGGGAGACAGGUUUUUCUUACUAUUUCUUGUAGGCACAGGUUUUUGCAAUGCUAAGUACUGCAGAUUUAAGUUCUGUCAGAACGUGGCCCAGUGAAGGAAAUACUGGAUUGCUUCUUAUAGGAGAAAGGGAGGGGCCCACGCUGAUCAGUCAGGGGCCCGGGCACCUGCUCCCUCAGCAUGUCCCCUCGGGGCCCGGGCCAGGCUUGUGGCCAGCUGGGUGGAGGCUGGCACAGAGCAGUGGCUUUUCCCCAUCUCCUGUCAAAGACGGCAGUCCCCGUUCUCGCUUGUACUGCGCCUCAGGUUUCUUCCAGUAUUUGCUUCCGGUGAGCGACUAUGGUCUGCUGAAUUGCAGUGGCAUUUGUGUGGAAGAGCUGUUGCAGUGUCCCCGAGCCCGCGUGGGGUGACUUCCUGCUCUUCUCGGGCCGGUGCCCUGCUGCUUCCCGAUGUCUCCAUGUGCGCGGUGGUGUGUGACUUCAGUUCAGUGCCAGCCCAGCUCCGCAGUCCUGACGGUGUCUUCUAGAAGGAGCCCUGCUUCCUCUAUCUAGCCGCCUGGACCUGUGACCAUACCCAUCAUGCCUCGCUUGCUCGCAAUCUCACUGAAGGCGUGGGUUCACCCCGUGUGUCUUGUGCGGCUCAGUGGGACGUGUCGGCUGCGUUGUGCUUACCCACAAAUUUGUACUUCACUUGCCCUUUCCUACUGUAAACAGGAAAUAUAGUUUGGUACUCUGUCUCUUGGCUCAUAUCACACACUGGUGUGAGGGUUGGGAUGUGCUGCUAGCGCCCACUCAGUGAGGCCACUCAAUCUGCCAGAAGGGGAGUUCCGCCUUUGGGGUGCUCCCUACCCUGCUGGUCGCCCAGGUGGCUGGCAGCUCCCUCCUCACCUGUAGCCCACGUCACCAUGACAGUUUCCCUCCUGGGCUCCACGUGUAAAGUGAUGGUAGGUUUUAGAGGCGGAUGACUUUGGACAUUAGUCUGGGUGUCUCAGGUUUUUGGCGUUUCAAUAAAAAGCUAUUUCCUUUGUGUCCCUGAGAACCUAUACCCGUCCAGUCUAAACCUGAAGUCAACUGACACUGACCUGCAUGUGCCAAUUCCUAAGAGGAUUUCCAGGGCUGAAAACGAUGGAGCCGUUUGUUAGUCAGUUGACAUGGACACCUGGUGCCUGCAGGGUUGGACUCACCCCACCAGUGUUGCAAGGACUGAACAUUUGCAGGCCCCCUAGGGAGUGUGGAGGGCAGAGUUGCCCAGCACGCCUAAGGAAAGCACUGAGUGGAGGAGGGCACAUGUGCGGUGCUGCCCGGCACCCCACUCCGCCCCAGCUACUAGUGGAGGCAGGAGCAGGCUUUGUCUGAUAGGUUGUCCUUUAUUUCGGAGGUGGAUGUCUUUGAAAUAAUGUCUGCUGGUAUUAGUAUUUUUUAAAAUAUUAAAUCAUACAACCCUUC